AUGACUAUUGAGUGCCGUAACUGUGACGUUUGUUCCGCAAAAAGCAAAAGCAAAAUAGAAAUUACUAGCACAAGUUUGAAAAACAGAGGUCCAGAGAAGUCCAACACAAGUCCAAGCGUAUAUUUGUGAUUGAGCUAACAGAUCCAGGAUUGUUGAUUGUGAGUAGACUAAGUGUUUGUUGAAAGAGAAAUGGCAAGGAGAGCAGACGAAGAGUACGAUUACUUGUUCAAGAUUGUGUUAAUCGGAGAUUCUGGAGUUGGCAAAUCCAAUUUGCUCUCCAGAUUCACUAGAAAUGAGUUCUGUUUGGAGUCUAAAUCUACUAUCGGCGUUGAAUUUGCCACUCGUACUCUCAAGGUAGAGGGAAGGAUCAUUAAGUCUCAGAUCUGGGACACGGCUGGACAGGAGAGAUAUAGAGCCAUUACAAGCGCAUACUAUAGGGGUGCUCUUGGUGCUCUUCUGGUAUAUGAUGUGACAAAACCCAUUUCCUUUGAAAAUGUCAGCCGGUGGUUAAAGGAACUGAGGGAUCAUGCAGACUCCAAUAUUGUGAUUAUGCUGAUUGGAAACAAGACAGAUCUGAAGCAUCUGCGAGCAGUUGCUACAGAGGAUGCUCAAAGCUAUGCUGAAAGAGAAGGGCUUUCUUUCAUAGAAACAUCAGCCUUGGAGGCAACAAAUGUUGAGAAGGCUUUCCAGAUGAAUCUUUCGGAAAUUUAUCGGAUAAUCAGUAAGAAGUCACUCUCUUCAGAAAACCCUGCACCUGCUAACAUUAAAGAAGGGAACACUCUUGUUGUUGGAGCAGAGGAGAUAAACACCAAGAAAGCUUGUUGCUCUGCAUCUUAAUGAUUCAUCACUUCUUUCAAUCCGCUGUUUGAUUCCUUAUUUUCAAUCGAUUGCUUUUAUAUUUGUUUUAUAUUUUCUAUCAAUUGUCUUGAUCCUUUUGUUAUAAUUAUUGUAAUUAAAUUUUGAACUUGUUCUUGAUUUAUUCUAUGU